GUCAUGUGGAGGGACGGCAGAAACUGGGAGACAGAUGGGAGUCACGCCCAUACAUUGUGGUGAAGAAACAACCCAGUAUACCUGUGUAUGUGGUCCGAACAGAGGAUGGUGAAAAAGAGAGAGUGGUUCACCGCAACCUUCUUACAGAGUGUAUGUUUCUUCCGGUGGAGCGGGCUGGUGCAGCAACAAGUGCAGGAGUUGAGUCUGACAUGGGGGACUGGGAGGUGGAUGGCAUGGAGGUAAUGGGGGAGGAAGCCGAAAAAGUGAGUCAAGGGGGGAAAGAGGACAUAAAUGUCAGUGACACCAACGCACUUGAUGGCCCCAGCCUGAGGAGGAACCCACAGAGAACUCGACGUCCCCCAAAGAAACUGUCUUACGAGUCACAGGUGCUGUGAGUAUGACGAGGCCAGCGGCCAGCUGAUAGAUGAGAGGUGAAGUGCAAGCGAGUGCCAAUAAAGUGUCCAGGUCUCAGCCACGAUCCCAAGCCUCCGCCUCCUUCCUUUUCCACGCAAACAUACUACAACAAACACAACGCAGAGUCACAGGGCGUGUAGGGAGACGACGGCCGAACGCAAAAUCCACCUUGCCAUAUCCGGGAACUCAAGAACAGUAUGAGGUGUUCAUCAAGGACCUUGUGUGGAAUCUUUUUGGGGAAGGAAAUGAUGUGUUUAAUGAAGGGGACUGGACCAAAUCCAUUGACAUGUACACAGAAGCCUUGAGUAUUGCAGAAUAUGCAGAUUCAGAGGAAAUUACUGUCCCAACAGGAUUAAUGGAGAAACUAUAUGCAAAUCGCGCUGCAGCGUACUUAAACAUUGUACCGGGACUCUAUGAUCAAGCAAUAGAAGACUGUGAGAAAGCCCUUGAGUUGAAUGAUGGGAACUACAAAGCACUGUACAGAAAAGCAAAAGCAUUGAAAGAAAUGGGGAAACAUCAAGAGGCCUAUGAGGCUGUUGCCAAGUGCUCUCUUGCAGUACCACAGGAUUCCAGUGUCAUUAAGCUGACUCAGGACCUUGCCAAGAUAUUGGGGUUGAAAAUACGUAAAGCUUAUGUGAGGAACAAGGCUGCUUUGAAUGCCUUACCUUUAUCAACAUAUUCAGAUGCAUCAUGUGACAAGUAUUCUCUGAUCUCUUCGUCUGUUGAAGAUAUAGAAACAGAAGUGCCUAAGGUGACUUAUGAUAGGGAGGUCCAGACCCAUCUUCAGUUCCCAGUCCUGGCUCCUGUGGCUGUGCACCCAUCUCUAGAUGAUAAAAUAGUGGAUGAAAUUCCUUCUAAUAUCAACAUCUCCUCUGUGCUGCCAGCUGAGAUAAACAGUUUCGAGUCCAUCCCAGGUCCAGUGUCUACGCCUUCACCUGUUCCUCUUCCUGUGCCCACGCUGGUCAAUGGGUCCAGAGCUAGCAAGUCUUAUCAUUUGCCUGAAAGCUGUUCAGAUUAUGACACAGAGAUCAUUGGGGAUGACCUUGAUGAUCUAUUGGACCAAGUUGGUUCCCAGGAAUCUCAAGUGGGCAUUCCCACAGCGAAGGGGUGCCUUCCCUUGCCAACCAGUAUUGCCUCCAGCAACUCCAUGCCAAGUAUAUUCUUCAUGCCAUCUCCCAUCAGCCCAUUCCUCCAUUCAGCUCAGCAGUGUACUGUAAAUCUGCCCCCACUUUAUCACAAGUCGGGAUCCAGUGUGUACUUGGGUAUGGAGACUUUGGAUUCUCUCUCUUUACCACUGGACUCGCUGGAUCAUCUGUCCAUAUCAGACUAUCAGACAGAUGGAGAACAUGUCCAGCUCCCAUUCACUACACAGCUGACAAACAAAGACAGUGCUGGGGGAAUGGCUGUGGCUAUGCCUGAAAACAUGGCCCUAACUGCAGCUGUGGAUUUGGCAAAGAACCCCUUAGCUGAAACGCAUGAAUUUAAGCAAGCGUGCUCACUCUGCUUUGUCAAGACUGGGCCAGGUGUGCUGGAUUAUACUCUACAUACUGAAGAGCACAAAUGCAAGAAGGAUGCCUUAGUUGGCAGAUUAAAAAACCAACCAGACAAAAGGUGGAGGCUGAUUCGACCCAGACCGACAAAAAAUCAAUACGUUGGACCUUAUUACAUUUGCAAAGAGGUUGCAGUUGGGAAAGAUUGCUUAUACCCAGGCCACUGCACAUUUGCAUACUGCCAGGAAGAGAUUGAUGUUUGGACACUGGAGCGAAAAGGGUUUAUCUCCAGGGAGUUAUUGUUUGAUCCGUUUGGGCCUAACUCCAACAUCAAGAUGACCGUAGCCCAGAUUCUUCAGGAACAUCACGGGACGUUCAUGUUCCUCUGUGGAGUGUGCUUUGAUCACAAACCCAGAAUUAUCAGCAAGACCAACCAGGAUAACCCUUCUUUUUGCUCUCAUCCAGUGACAAAGCAUGACUUUGAAGAUGAUAAGUGCCUCGUCCACAUUUUAAAAGAGAAAACAGUACGUUAUUCCAAAAUCAGACCCUUGAAUCCCCAGUGUCAGCUGGACCUUUGUCGUCAUGAGGUACGCUACGGCUGUGUGAGAGAGGACGACUGCUUCUAUGCCCACAGUCUGAUUGAGCUGAAGGUCUGGAGGAUGCAGCUGGAGCUUGGCAUCGCUCCUGAAAAUAUUGUCCAGGAUGCAAGAAAGUAUUGGAAUGCAACAACGACCUUGCAAGGAUCCCAGCAGUAUCCCAUUGCACAGCGGAGGUUUGGCCCCCCAAAUCUGAAGAUGAUGUUUGUUUGUGGACAGUGCUGGAGAAAUGGUCAACUGAGUGAAGCAGAUAGGAACAAGAAGUAUUGUACAGCCAAGGCCAGACACACGUGGUCAAAAGAAAGACGUGUGGUGCUGGUCAGUUCCAAUGAACGCAAAAAGUGGACAACCGUUCGACCACUUCCAACCAAAAAGCCAUUUCCAUUGCAAUUUGAGAUUUGCAUGCAUGUGACAGCCGGUAAGAAGUGCCAGUACAUUGGCAAUUGCACCUUUGCUCACAGUGUAGAAGAAAGAGACCUUUGGACUUACAUGAAGGAGAACAACAUUCCAGAUAUGGACCAACUCUAUGAGCAGUGGCUCCAGUCUCAGAAGCCCGGCUGGAGUGAGGAGACCGCAAAUAAUUCCAUCAGAGAGAAUGGCAAGCAGAUUCACAUGCCCACAGACUACGCUGAAGAAGUGGCUGGUAACCAUUGUUGGCUGUGUGGUAAAAACUGUAACAGCGAGAAGCAGUGGCAGCAACACAUCACUUCAGAAAAACACAAAGACAAAGUUUUCAAUUCUGAAGACGACCAGAACUGUUGGCAGUAUCGAUUCCCCACAGGCACUUUUAAAGUCUGUGAGAGGUACCUCAAAGGCACGUGCAUCGAGGAAGACUUGUGUAAGCUGGCACAUGGGAAACAAGAGCUCACAGAGUGGAUAGAACGCAGGGAAUUCCUAUUGAUGAAACUUGCCAAAGCUAGAAAAGACCAUCUUAUAGCACCAAACGACAAUGACUUUGGUAAAUACAGUUUUCUGCUUAAGGACAUUAAACAAUGAGACAAUGAUGUUCAUGCUCA